AUGCACAAUCUCGAGCCUAGCCUCGAGCUACCCAUCCAUUUCAUGACACCCCGCCAUGUCACGCCCAGAAGGACGUCUGACGAGGUUCAAUGUGUGAAGAAGCCUUCUGGUGCGGAGCCCUGGAGAAGGACGACUAGGCGGGGUCCCAGGAUGCUGACAGUGGAUACAGGUGUCGUCUACGGUCUGGAAGGCCUGAUGGCGGAUGCUUGA